AUGUCAUCAUUUUUAACCAACAUUGCAAGUGUUAGCAAUAGCAGUAAUAACGUGAGUGACAAAGCGGUGACCAGUGCAAUGCAGUUUUUGACAUUUCCCUUUCGACGGCGACGAAAACAUUAUACGAUAAAUCCGCCGGAUGACAAUUACCACGUUGUUUACCUUGGUAAUGUAUUGACCGUCAUCGCUAAAGGUGAGGAAUGUUUGGAGAAGCCUCUUUUAUUAAUUUGGCAUACAUAUUGCAGUAAACAACGCGCAGAACUGCCCAUGAAACUCACCGUUACACGUUCCGGUCUUAAGGCAGAAACAAAGCAACAAGGUGUCACGGAGUAUUGGUCCCAUCGCAUAACGUAUUGUUUGGCGCCGUCAAAUUUGCCACGGGUAUUUUGUUGGGUUUAUAAGCAUGAAGGGAAGAAGAUGAAACCGGAACUGAGAUGUCAUGCAGUACUGUGCAAAAAGCUAUCAGAUCCGUACAGAAUAGCUCAGACACUCGAGCAUUAUCUUCGAGCUGCUCUUCAGGAGUAUCGUCGUGAGAAACUGUGUCGUCAAAAAGCUCGACUCAACGCCCUGACUAUUGGACAACCAUCCGCAGGACCUAAAAGGAAACUGUUAUUACAAACGGGUUCACUCAAUUUCCGUCCUCCAGUUGGUCGUUCAAAAAGUGCUCCAAGGUUAUUUGCUAUUGAUGAGGAAAAUGAAUAUCCCGAGGAACAACAACAGGAAGAAUAUUUGGAUGCGAAUUCAUUGUGUUACGAGGAAUCGCCGAUCAGUGGUGAUGCUUGUAGCACGAAUAGUUUGGAAAGUAAUGAGACAGCGGAAAUUCCUCUCUCUCAACAGGAUUCUUUUCGGGGCGGUGAUGGUGGAAAACAGCACUUAACGAGGAGAUUGUGUGGUAAGAGCGAAGAGCAGGAAGAGCAGCGACACGGAUUACUGGCCAGCGACUUUAGUUCAAGCUUAGAGUCUGGUCCAUCCAGUGUUAGUUCAGAUGAUGGGGUGCAAUCCACCGAUUCAGAAAAUCGAUCAUGGGAAAUACGAAGGUUACCGAGCGCAGAAAAACGACCAGAACGAGAAACGGACACAAUUAGCGAAGAAUCUGGUUAUCAUGAUUUUGAUGAUUGCUUUAACAGUGCCGUCGCUGACGAUGCGAAUAGUAGCCAGAAUAGUGAAAUUCAUUACGAUGAUGACGAAAGUCAGUACGAUGAGCAAGUUACUGCACUGUAG